GCGUAUUACUUCGGUGACGGCCGGUCCUACAUGACCUAGCUCAGCAGGUGCGGUCUCGGGAACCACCCCAGGAUCCCCUCGCUUCCUCGGGCCUAAUGAAACUGUAUGUACGUGCAAGUGUUCACUGGCGUCCGACACAGUUGAGGUAGAUGGUUCGAUGAUCAACACCGGGGUGGUACCUUGGCGGAGGUUCAUGGAACGAAGACGAGAGGAGCGAGGCUAGUAAAUUACCACGAUUGUCUUGUGCGAAGUGCAGAAGUUGUAGUACGGUUGGAACCCUUAAACUAGGCGACUGGUAAUUGUGCAGCAACAUUUCGAAUGGAGCCGACCGAGAUGUUGUCGAUAGUCCUGGCAGCAGGAGGAUCACAUGAUAAUGCAGGCACUAGUAUAAAUAAGUCCAGGCUGCAGGAUUGCUGGAAAGGUGGGGUAUUGGGGGUCUCAAGUUCCCAGCAGCAGCUGCACGAGUUGAGAGUUACGGGCGUCGAGGGUCUGACACUUGACGGGGAAAGAUGAGUGCGAAUAGGCAGCUGAUGAAGAACCUAUUCCUCCCUCUUCCCCAAGCCUAAUCUGUGUCGAAAAUUGCUGGCACGUGUGCAGAUGCUGCGUGCUGGACCCACAUCCUAGGUCUGGUCUUUGUUUCCGUGACCCUGCUUGGUCUAGGCUCUUUUCAUUUGGUUGCUCCAGUUGAGUCACCGAAUUAGUCUUAGGAUUCGGAAUCUAGGGUGAGCGGGAUGAGAGCACUAAGUGGUUGAGAGGGCACCGAAAGAGGGGGGGCUUUGAGUCGGUGCAGUAGGAUUGUCCGUUCCGUCCAAGGAGUGAUGUUGUGUUGUUUGAACCUGUUCUUUCUGACGACGAAAUAGUUUCGAGUCUUUGUUUUUACCGACUGGCAGGAGGCAUAUACAGAACACAUACUGGUAGUGGUAUAGAGACCUUGUAUGAACCCUGAGUAGAGUCCUCCUGACGUCUUUUGGGUACCCGAGGCCGGUUAUGUUUUGACGAUUUGAGGGUUGGCACCAAGUUUAAUAACUAAAUAUCUCCACCCUUCACCUAUUUUAGUUAUGUAUUGAACGGAGUUCUGCUCGUUAGUAAUACUUUAGACAAACCAGUUAUGCUUUUGAGGGUAAGGUUGAGCGAUAAGUAGGUUCGUUUUGAACUGCUGAAAGUUGCGGCAGUAUGCCCCGCUUCCAAAGAGAACUUUGUUUUUCUUGCCAGUGGGAUCCAUAAACAACAAGGUGUUUUGAUGAUCUUUGUUAAGGUGAAAGAUGAGGUUAGUUUGUCAAUCAUUCGAUUAUCGUGACAGCCUGCAUCUCUGAUGAGACGAUGCAGACUGAUUUUGGUAGACAGUUGGAAACCAAAAUCGCCAAUUCCAACAAAAAUCUGCAUGAUCCGGAAAAGAAACCGCCGGAAGCCUCGCUUUCAUAGGGCACAGAUCACAAGUCUUAGUGGAAAAACUGAAGCCAUUUUUGUCUAAACAUUGAAGCUCUUUCCUCCAUGAUUUUUGUAACCAUUCUACUGCAGCACUGUCGAUUAAGUCAUCAGAGGUGAGUCGUACUGAGGCUAGGUACUCGUUGCUCAGAAUGAAAGUGUUACAAAUGUAAACUUUCGAAGUUCAUCCAAGCUUGGAGCACAGCUAAUCGUCGGGUGCCCUAACUCCGAUGAUCUGUACCAAGGUUAGAAACCCAGUAAGCCAGAAGACGUAGAACUACGCUCCUCGCUUAAGUCAUGAUCGUAAAUUCCAUAAUUAUGUUAGAAAAGAUACUGUGUGACCAUAUAUCAGCAGGUCACACAAAAGCUACAAAUUUUGCAUUUCCAGUUCGUCGUGAUCCAGGUCAUGGACAAACUUCUGGUAAAAUAUCAAGAGUAUCCUCAAACCGACCAAAUCGCGGAUCUCAACACCAGUGAUGAAGCAGGCCCAACUCGAUCAUCAGAAGACUCCAUCUUCGAAGAACCUCGUCACAGUGCACGCUCGCAAUUAGGCUCAGGGGUAGUAUCCACAUCCCUUGCGGCUCGCAGAACACCCAGCUCUGAAGGACAUCAGUAUCCCAACUUGCAAUCCGAGGAAUCCCGGCAGUCAUUUCCGUCAUUCAGGCUGGAGCAACAUCCUCAUGAAUUCGACUCUGAGCCAAGACAACUCCAUGAUCAAAGUCCAAGACCGGAGUGGCAAUACUACGCGAGCCCGGUGAAACCAUCUUCUGGAAAAGGAGAUUUGGAUGGCAACAGCAUGAUUGCAGGAUUCACAGGCUUGCCUUCUGAGCCUUACAGGUCCAGCACAUCUCAGACCACCGAGUCUUCGAAUUCCAGUAGCCACCAGUGGGCUCCAAACCUACUGGUAGAAUGUGCGAGGGCAAUCACUGCAAAUGAUUCCGCUCGUGUGAAGAACUUGAUGUGGGUGUUGAAUGAGCUGGGCUCUCCGUACGGAGACGCUGACCAAAGAGUAGCUGCAUAUUUCCUGCAGGCUUUGUUUUGUAAGAUCACCAAUACGGGAUCUAGCUGCUACCGCGCACUCACUGCUGCUGCGGAGAGGACCUAUUCGUUCGAUACAUUACGAAAAAUGAUUCUCGACUACCAGGAGGCAAGUCCGUGGACAACUUUCGGUCAUACAGCUGGAAACGGAGCUAUGAUGGAGGCCUUUGAAGGUGAGACAAAAAUUCACAUUGUGGACAUGAGCAGCACCUAUUGCACCCAAUGGCCGAUCCUUUUCGAAGCUCUAGCAACACGAGCUGAGGGUACACCUCACCUACGCCUGAGCACCAUCGUCAUAUCCCCCGAGGAGUCUGCCUUACAGGUGAUGAAGCAGAUUAUGACCAGGUUGGAAAGAUUUGCUAGACUUAUGGGUGUUCCAUUUGAGUACGUUGUAAAGCAUGAACCACAACUGGAGAAAUUGGAACUUGCAGCGCUGGACCUGCGGCAGGACGAAGUCCUCGCCAUCACGUGCAAUCACACUCUUCAUCACGUGUCGGAGAUUGUGCCACGAGGAGAGCAGUACAGUCCGCGCGAUGUGCUCCUGUGCACCUUCCGAAACGCAAAUCCGAAGAUUAUGAUCCUUGUGGAGGAAGAAGUGGAUCUGACUUCGCCAGAUUUUAUUGUUUGUUUCUGUGAGGCGCUCAAGUUUUAUUCCCUCUUGUUUGAAUCCCUGGAGGAGAACUUCCCCAGAACUAGCAACGAACGUUUAAUCCUGGAGCGGAUUUGUGCACGGAACCUGGUCAAUCUGAUAGGUUGUGACCCUCCAGAGAACGUUGAGAGGCAGGAGACGGGAAUCCAGUGGGAUCUCCGUUUGAAAAGAAUAGGCUUCGUGCCCUGCCCCUUCAGCGACGAUGUUGUUGACGACGUUCGUGCGCUCCUCAAGAGGUACAAAGAGGGAUGGAGCCUGAGCAUGAACGAGAACAGACUUUACCUAGCGUGGAAAGAGCAGGUGGUUCUAUGCGCCACUGCUUGGAAGCCCAUCGCAAGCCCGUCACCGGAACCAUGAUCUAAGAUGAGUAGCCGUGGCUAGAUCAUUCUUCACACAGCAGUUCUAUUCUAUCAUUUUGACGUAGAAAGAGUCCGUUCAGGAAAGUCCCGUCUAGCUUCAUUCUUUUCAAAACUUCACGAAGUCACAUGACACAUGACACACGGUCGGGGAAUGAUUCCAGAACCCUAUCAUCCAGGACAUAAACUUGAAAAGACAAAAAAUAAAUCGAUUCCCACAGGUAAUCACGGAUUGGUUCGGUUUCAUCUAGAAAUCACCAACAGAGUAAUUCGCCAUACCCUCCUUGUACUUGACCUUGCCAGACUCAGAAGUUUUGAGAAGAAUGGAAGUUUUAAAGACGCAGAGAUAUUCAAUCUCGAUGACUCUCUUGAGUAACUUUUCUAACUGGACAGUAGGUUAGAAUCCCAGCUCGGGUAGCAGAUGAACUCCAUAAAAACUUUGUUUUGAUUUUUCUACCAUGCUGGCCAGUUGUUCGACGCUAAUGCUUGAGGCCAACUCGGAGGCACAUACAGUUCGAUUCAUUUCGCUGCAAGCUGAGAGUUUCACAUCACUGUUGGAUUCGUUACUGCUACGCAUGCAUUUUCUCCGACAUGGACUCCAUUAUAAAUCUAUUUUAAAGCAAUCUUUUUACCA